UCCAUUUUCUUCUCCUUCUUUUCUUCUCGUUUUCUAGAUCUAAAGUUUCCAUUAAAAAAAAAUGCUCUUAAAAUUCAGGAGCCCCUUCAAGCUAGAAGAGGAUCAUGAUAGCCCUAAUAAACCGAACAGAUCCUUAUCGUGUAAUAACAAAACCAACUAUGAAACUGAUAUCGUGGUUGGGUUGCGAAUCGUCGAACAAAUAUCAUCACAAGGGGAUCAAAAUCAACAGUCGAAUGUCGUUGUGAAAUCCGCGGUGAGAUUGAGUCAACCAACACUCAACAACUCGUCUCUUGAGUACUCUUGCUUUCUCAAAACUUGUAACCUUUGCAACAAAGAACUAAGUCUUGAUAAAGAAGUUUAUAUGUACAGAGGGGAUCAAGGAUUUUGUAGUAUAGAGUGCCGCGAUCGACAGAUUUUCCUUGAUGAAAUGAGAGAAUUAGAAGCUUCUACCAAGCAAAUGAUUGCAUCUUACAGGAGUACUUCUUGCAGUCCUGCAAGGCAUGAAACUCGCAUUCUCUUAGAAGACCUUCGUCAAAGAGAUCAUAAGCCUAUCCCUAAUCACCGAAGAAAUCGCGCAGUUGUCAUCUCCUAGCUAAUUAGUUUUAGAUUUUGUGCUGUUUGAAGAUGAGCAAAUCAUCAAAUCCAAAAGAGACUGUUUUAGCAGAAGAGAAAUUAAAAGAUAAAGAAAUUUUGAGUAUGUGGAAUUUUUGUAUAGCAUUUUGUUACACAAAUAUUAAGUAAU